UAAAUAUCUAAAUCAAUUUUGUCUUGAAGAAGUAUGUCAAAGUAGCUGGUGCUGUUUACUUAGGGAAUUGAUUAAAAUAGAGUUCUGACAUGGCAUCUGGUGGUGGUGGCUUGCAUGUGCUAGCCAAAGCAAUUUAUGACAAUGCAGCUGAAACUGAGGAUGAAAUAACAUUUAAUCGGGGUGAUAUUGUUACUAUAAUUGAACAGAACACUGCUGGGUUGGAGGGGUGGUGGUUAUGCUCAUUAAAUGGGAGGCAAGGCAUAGCACCAGGAAAUCGUUUACGGAUAUUACCAGGCAUGUAUGAAGGCAUGCAAAACUCUACUGGUGGUACAGCACCAGAAGAAACCUAUGAUGUACCUCCUACCCAUUAUUGGAACUCACCCAACCCACAAAUAGACCAGGAUGAAGAAUAUGAUAUUCCUAGGCGACAGUUGCCGAUUAACCGGAAUAACAACAAUGGGGGAUUAAGCAAUCAACAGAGUAAUUCUCCAACAGAAAUAUACGAUAUACCUCGACCUGGAGCAUGGAGGGGGAACUCUGUGGAUGGAGAAGAGGUUUAUGAUGUGCCUCAGGCAUCAGCUUUCGCUCACGCGAGUAAAGAUGAAGAGCAAGAAGUGUAUGAUGUCCCCAGCAGUUUGACAGCUGUAAUGACUCCAGAUCCAAGUGACUUGUAUGAUGUUCCUCCCAUUGUAUCAAGAGGUCCUCAAUCGGCACCUGAGGAUGUGUAUGACGUUCCUCCAAGGAGAACUGAACCAAUAGACAUGGAUGCAAUGUUUAAUGCUAUGAACCCUGAAGAUGUUUAUGAUGUUCCACCUUCAACAUUAAGGCUAAAUACAAGUACUUUGUCAAGAAGUGCGGGUAAUGUGCUUGAUACAUUUGAAACACCAAACUCCCAACCUUUCCCAACCCAACAGGAGUCUAUGGACCGUGAUGUAGUUUACGACAUACCACAGUCCAGUAAAACAGCAGUUGGAAGACGAUACAUUUCUUCAGGACUGAGCAGUCUUCGAAGAAUGCGACGCGAGAUGAACCAGGUGCCAGAUCCAAUUUCUAAACCUAUUAAUGAGAAUACUGACUACAUAUAUGACGUUCCUCCACAAGUGACCCGAGAUGGUUCAUCCAAACAGAAACAAACUGUUGCUCAAAAGUUGUCCGACGAAGAUGUGGUGGAUGGUCUUAUCAGAAGGUUGUCUUUAAAUGAACCUUCUAUUGAGGUGAAGCAGAACAACCGAUUGUCUGUUACCUCACGCGAGUCUUAUAGUAGCUAUAUAGAUAAUACACCAGGUUUGUUUGACGAGCUAAAUAUAGAUGUGGAUGUUGCUGUUAAUAAGUUGAUAGAAACUAAGCAAGAGCUUGAAGAUUCGGUGUCUAAUUUAUUGACACUGGUGAAAGAAAACUGGAGAAAGCCUGAAAAUAUUUCUGACAAGGUCGAUAUAGUGCAUACGUUAUUUUUAAAGAUCAUGGUUGCAGUUAAUCACUUUCUUACAUUUGCGCGUGGUGCUACUGCUAAUUCUGUAGCAGUUGAUCGGAAUGGAGAAGCCCGUGCAUCGAAAAAUGUACAACUCGGAUUAAGGAAGCAGUUGGUUCCAAUUGAAGAAGAUUUGGGUAUGUUAAAUCGUGCACUCUCCGAGUUGGGUGACAAUAAUACGUGGGAUAUAAACAAACUUGCUUUGCAUGAAAACAGUGAAGAAGUUGUGUUAGAUGCUGUCGAUAGUUUUGUGAUGACUUCAAGAGCUGUUUCAGAUGAUGCAUCGCAGCUUGCUAACUUCAUUCACAGCCAUAUACAUGUUCUGUUUACAUCUUGUUCACCCAAUAAAUCACCUGUAAAAUCAUCUACUCCUGUUAAACCAAACAAACCUUUUCCACAAGCUAUACAAGCAUUACAAGCUCGGCCAUUACCUGCAGUGCCAGCUUCACUUCAACAAGCACAAAGUCAAUCUACUUCAAACACAAUAAUGCUUGGUGAAGAUGCAUGGCUUGAAGAUUAUGAUUAUGUUGCUUUGCAAGACAAAGACGAGUUUGAACUUAGCAGUCAUGAAACCAGUCCAAUGUCCGGCCUAAACAAGCGUCGAACUCAGAUAGUCACACUCGAUUCCAAAAUUGAAUUAAAAAAUAACACUGCUGUUUUCUUCAAUUCCAAAGACAGGGAAUACUUGCUAAGUUUAAAGAUUGAUGUUCCAGCCCUAAUUCACAAUCUCUCAAAGUCCAUUGACAGAUUUGUUUCUGCAGUUGAUGCAGGCAAUCCACCCCAUUCAUUUGUACCGCUUGGAAAAUAUGUGAUUUUCUCUGCCCAUCAACUGGUUUUUGUUGGUGACAGUAUGUGUCAAAGAUUGCAGGUGGAACCAGUGAAGCAAGCUCUUCAGCGGCAGUGUACAAACCUUUGUUCAAUACUUAAAAGGACAGUGGUAGCAACGAAAGGUGCUGCAUUGCAAUGGCCAAGUGUAUCUGCUGUACAAGAAAUGGUAGAUCGAAUGUCUGAAAUUGCAACCAGUGCACAUCAAAUCCGCAUCACACUAACUCCAAUGCUAUCCAACUGAGUUCUGUAUAUUAAUUUUUAUUUAUUCAAGAGGGAAAAGAAUUCAUUAGAUAUGAAAGGACUGUAAGCCUGUUUUACUCUUUUACAUGUUGUCCUGAUCAAACAGAAUAGAUGGAAGAAGUAUUCAAGUAUAUCAUUUUGUUCUUUUCAUAUCUGCUUGUAAUUUUGUUCCUUUAUAACAAAGAAUGCAUUUGGUUCUUCGUUAAUUUUUUAUGUUUUUUUUAUAUCCAUGGUGCUAUGUGUCUUUUAAUUAUCCUUUUUAAGCCAGAGCAUUCCAGCUGGUAGGUACUGUUUUUAUUAUAAUCGCUCUAAUUUUGUUGCAACGCAGUACUUACAAUAACUGUAAGCUGAUUUGUCUUGUGUGUGAAAUUUCUUUCAUAAUGGUAGCCUACCAUAUAUAUAUAUAUGGUUGUUAUAAAACAACACCAAUUUGAAAUUGUAUUAUAUUCCGACAUUUUGGUUGUGCAUUAUUCCAAAUCAUACAUCUCAUAAUAUAUUUUUGGGUACUGCUUUACACUGCAUAAAUCUUUAUAUACUUGGUAUUCAUUUUCUCUAAUAGGAAGCUCGUCUUUUAUUAAAAUUUUAGCACAAUGGUGACUUAACAAUGUGUCUAAAGUUCAGUGGUUUGGCUCUGUUUUAAUUCAUUUGAUUUGUCACAUUUUAUUUAAAUGCCAAAUUUGAGUGGACGGUACAUAGCAUCCGUACCCAUGUGUACUUACAUGUUGCAACAGAUACUUAUGCUUAAAUUGUUUUAUGCUACCACUACAAGUGAUGUAUAGCAUUGGGUUGUACUAAAUCCUAUUUUACCUAACUCUUGAAUUAAAACUUGAAAGUUGAUUAAUUUGUCUAGAGUACAUACGAUGUAAUAAAUGAUAUUUUCCCAUUUAUCCAACGAAGUUGCUCCAAAAGUUGCAAGUUAAACUUCUUCAAUUUACGCUAUCUUAAUUAAUAUAAUUGUUUCAAUUUUAAAUGAUAGUGUUUUUUUGUGAAAUGUGAUUUUAAAAUAAUUUUAAUACUCUUAAUGCCUUUUUUAAUGAAAUCCCCACAAUAUUAUGUUUCCAUGUUUUUUUUUGCGACUAUAUAUUAUGUGGUACUCAGUAACAUUUCUACUCUACUAAUUGUCUGUAAUCAGCAAGUGUUAAUUUAAAGUAUUUAGAAAUAUGAUGCACACUUUUAUUCUGGUUCUGUACAGUCGCCAGUUGCCUUAAAACAGUUUUUAAUCAAAUUUUUCUUUUCUAAUCUGGUGAAUAUGCAUCGUGCUUAGUACGCCGUGUUAAAAAUUGUGCCGUUUUCACUGUAG